AUGUCGGAUGAUUAUAGAAACAAUCAUGAAGGUUCUUCGUAUGAAGACACUGACAUCGGUUCUUUUAAUUUCGAUAUCGAAGAGUUGGACGAUGCCGAAUAUCAAAUUCCACAAAUUAUCGAACCACCUACUUUAGAAAGUAUUUUAAACGAGGGAGACGAUCAUAUAUCUUUGAAUGAAGACUGUGAUUCACUUAACUGGUCUCAGGGUAUACAUUCCAGCCUCAUUGGUAUCGAAGGGGGAAGUGAAACUCUAUCUAUAGCUAGUCGAAGAAGUAGGACUUCAUCUGAUAAAAAAGAUUCUUCUUCAUCAACUGCAUUUCUACGUUUUGUUUUGCUCAAAAGUGUUUCAACACAAAUUAGUUCUGCUGUGAGUGAAAAAGAAAGAAUAAAUGCAGGCUAUGCGACAGCAAUAACGGUUACUAGCAUGGUUGCCGUUGGAACUUCACAUGGACUUAUAUUAGUAUUUGACAGUAGGCAAACAUUAAAAUGGUGUUUGAGUAAUACAGAUGAAGAUCAAGGAUCUGUUUCUUGUUUGUGUUUUAACAAUGAUUCAACUAGGCUGUUGGCUGGUUUUGCAAGAGGCCAAAUUUUAAUGUACGAUUUGACCAAUGGUAAAUUAAUUAGAACUCUAAUGGAUGUUCAUCCUCCUGGUACUGCCGUUCUAAGCGUCAAGUUCACAGAUUCUCCUGCGAUAGCACUUUGUUCAGAUUCUGGCGGUUCGGUUUUUGAAUUACACUUUACGAGAACUCUCGGAGUGAGGGGUUGUAAUUCGAAAUGCCUUUUCUCUGGGAGCAGAGGAGAAGUUUGUGUUAUACAGCCUCUCUUACUUAAUCAUUUGAUUUCUCAUCCUCUGCAAGGAGUAAUUUUAGUUGCCAUGGCCACUCUCUCAAAGGUAAUUGUUGUCAGUAUCAGACCCAAAAUGAGAGUUGUGUUAGUUAAAGCUCUUCCUCCUGGCUCUACAGUUUUACCACUGGUAUCUUGGCAGUUUGUCGUCAUUCAGGUUUCUGGUAAUGGCAAAAUUAUUGAUCCAGUUUUGGCAUUUGCCAAAGAUAAUUUUAUUCAUUUUUUUCAAAUCUCUUCAGAUUCUAAUUCAAAAUUAAAAGUAGCAGCAUUGCAAAAAUUAGUCGUUAAUUAUUCUUUAUUGUCUUUGCAUUGGUUAAAUUCUUGGACCAUUGCAGCCGUCGACAUAAGUGAAAGAUUGCAUUUAUUAGACGUUCAUUCUCACGAAGAACUUGAAAAUUUAGAUCUUUCUGAUAUUGGUUUGGUGUACGAAUCAAGUAACUUCAAAGGUCUCAUGACAGGUGGUAAUGUUAGCCAAGCUAUGGCCGUGGCCGGUGAAAAAGCCUGUUACAACACAAUCGUGGGCUAUGGAAAUCAAAUAUUAGUUUUAGGUGCUAAAACAGUACACCUACUGAGCAUACGACCGUGGAUUGAAAGACUGAAUCAUUUAGUAAAACAAAAAAAAUAUCUUGCAGCUUUAUCUUUAGGACUUUCUUUUUACGAAGAACCGAAAGAUGCAUUAGGUUUAAAAGGAUCUAGAGAAAGGAGGAAAGAAAUUGCAAAGGGUAAAAUCGUUCAAAUUUUAGAACAAUUCAUUGAAGACAUGGAAAAUCCCAUCGAUGAUAUUUCGGCCAUAAUGCAAUAUGCGGUCUCCGUGCAAUACAAUGAUAUAAUUUUUAACACGCUGUGGGAUUACGUUUCUAUUGAUUCCAAUUUGAAAAGGAUAUUUUUAGAAGGAUUGGAACCGUUUAUUCUCAACGAUCAAUUGACUUCAAUACCACCGUCCAUAUUACAGCAUUUCGUCAACACUUAUGAAAAUACUGGAAAGCUUCAAGCUUUGGAAGCUUGCAUCAUUCAUUUGGACAUUGGUUCGUUGGAUCUUCAUCAAGUAAUGCAAGUUUGUUGGGCUCACGGUUUGUACGACGCCAUUAUUUACGUACAUAAUAAAGCUUUAAACGAUUAUAUUACUCCCAUUCACGAGUUAGUUCCUAUUUUACAAAAAGCCUUAACGACAGGUAUUCAAAUUAUUAAAGGAAGUUGCAAAUUAACUGCCAAAGAAGUUGAAUUGGGAAAUAAACUUUUAGUGUAUGUUAGUUGUUGUUUAGCGGGAAGAGGUUAUCCCAUCGGUGAUGUUGCAAAGGAAUCAGUUCAACACGUUAAAUACGAAAUGUUUAAAUGCCUUACGAAUCUUCACAGCAAAGAUGCAGACGACAAUGAGUUACCCUAUCCGUAUUUGAGAACUUUGAUUCAUUUCGACACGAGGGAAUUUUUAAACGUUGUUUCUCUCGCAUUUACAGAACCGGAAUUCACUUCCGACGUUGGUUUGAGACAACGUCAAAGGUUAAUAGAUAUUUUAUUGCAUAUAAUGGUGGAUAAUUCGGGUUAUACCGUUCACGAAAUCGGUGCUUUGUAUAUAUUUUUGGCAAGGCAAAUAAGCCGGCCUUUUAACGGUUUAAUUGUUGAUAAAGAUUUAUUCGAUAAGAUUUUCGGGUAUUUGACGACGACGAGUCCGGAACAUUUGGAAGAAAGACAGCAGGCUUUAUUGGAUGUUUUCAGAGCCGACGGUUUACAAGACUAUUCCAAAGAUCACAUAUUAGAUUUGGCGAGAAAAGCAAAAUUUUUUCGAGUUUGCGAAGCCAUACACGAACAAAAUGGAGAAUGGGAUCAAGUGUUUUUAUGUUACCUACAAGACUCGCUGCGAAGACCACAAGUAUUUUCAUUUUUGAGAAAUAUAUUACUUUUGUACAAAAACACGGACGAUGCGAAACCCAUAUUGGAAAAAGUUUGUAGCAAAAUUGAAGAUUUAAUGGAUUUAGACGUUGAAAGAACUUCAACGAUAAUCGCCACCCACGCAUUAAAUAAAUUGCCGGAUUUGUUGGAUAAUCUGAAAGAAAAUCCCAAAUAUCAAUUGGCAUUGUUACAAUCUAUCUUGUAUGGAAAAUCAAAGGAUUCCGUGAGCGAUGGCGAUUCAUCACUUCUCGUGCAAUAUUUUAAUAAAUACAUUAAAUUAAUAUUUGAAAUAGAUCCGAAAUCGGCCGUUCAAGAAUUGAAAUUUCGUACGGAUUUGUAUAAUUUAAAUGAAGUUUUAGAAAUAGCACGUAGUUGUAAUCACGAAGAAGCUCAGGCAUAUUUAUUAGAAAAAAACGAAGACUGUAAAGAAGCGUUUGAAGUUUUAAAAAAUAAAUUAAUUAAAAUGUUAAACGGUUCAAUAAAUUUUACGCAAAUCGAAUUAGAUGAAUUAUUUAAAAAAUUAAUAGGAUUGAUUCAAAGAUUUCAAACGAAAAAUGGCGAAUCGAACAUUCAAAAACUUUGGCUGACGUUAUUGGACGUGUUAAUCACGUGCGAAAAUUCAAUCGAUCAAAAAGCGAUGGUUCUCAGCGGAACGAUGGGACACGCAAAUCCUUCAUUCAUUUUAGAACAUUUGCUUCAUCGCACGAAUUCCGUGGCGACGUUCGGAGAAAUCAGACAUUUACUAACGGGUAUGUUGGAGAACACUUGGUUCGAAGAACAAUUGGUGAAAACGACGCAAAAAGUCGUCUGCUCGGAUUUGUACUCGCAAUUGGUGUCCUCUAUCGAUUCCGCCAAACGUGGCAUACGAGCAUCGAAUUCAUCGUGUUCGGCUUGCAACAAACCUUUGGUCAACAGUUCAGUUUUUAUAUUUUUUUGCGGUCAUUCCCAACACGAAGAUUGCAUGACGGACUAUCAGUGUCCGAUAUGUUCGACAUUAGCUUUAGACAAGGCAAGUGAGAAAUAA